GCCGUCGCGUCGGUAUUCGCGGGUCUAUGUUAUGCUGAAUUCGGAGCCCGAGUGCCAAAAGCCGGUUCCGCUUAUGUAUAUUCCUAUGUGACAGUCGGAGAAUUAAUGGCAUUUAUUAUCGGAUGGAAUCUCGUCUUGGAAUACGUUAUCGGCACAGCAUCGGUGGCCAGGGGUUAUAGUCUUUAUAUCGAUUCGCUGGUCAACGGCACUAUUCAGCACCACUUCAGGGAAUGGAUGCCAAUGGAUGUGACGGGACUAUCGGCUUAUCCUGAUUUCCUGGCAUUUGGAAUAACCCUCUUAUUGAAACACCACUUCAGGGAAUGGAUGCCAAUGGAUGUGACGGGACUAUCGGCUUAUCCUGAUUUCCUGGCAUUUGGAAUAACCCUCUUAUUGACAGUUAUGCUGUCAAUCGGAGUGAAAGAGUCGACACGUUUUAACUCAAUCUUCACGGCAUUGAAUCUAUUGGUUGUGCUGUUUAUCGUAAUCGCCGGCUCUUUCAAAGCAAACAUCGAUAACUGGACUAUUCCUGCGAAAGACGUACCCGUGGGUCAUGGCUCCGGGGGUUUUAUGCCGUAUGGCUUCUCUGGGAUGAUGGCCGGCGCCGCCACCUGUUUCUACGGAUUUAUUGGUUUCGAUGUAAUCGCCACCACUGGAGAGGAGGCGCGUAAUCCCCAGCGCUCUAUCCCUAUCGGAAUAGUACUGUCGCUGUUGUUUGUAUUCCUGGCCUAUUUCGGUGUGUCUGCGAUUCAGACCCUAAUGAUGCCCUACUUCUUGCAAACCGAAGAGUUGACGAGUGGUGCGCCCCUACCCUACGUGUUCGAGCACGCGGGUUGGCCGGUGGCCAAGUGGAUCAUCUCUAUCGGCGCGCUCACUGGUCUCUCAACUAGUCUUCUCGGAGCGAUGUUUCCGUUGCCUCGAGUGCUGUAUUCGAUGGCCAGCGAUGGCGUUAUCUUCCGAUUCUUGGCCACUGUUCACCCGAAAUUCAAGACACCGCUGUUGGCCACCGGUAUCUCCGGUGUGUUUGCCGGCGGUAUGGCCGCCAUGUUUGACGUGAAAGAAUUGGCUGAUAUGAUGUCCAUUGGUACUUUAUUGGCGUAUACUUUAGUCGCUAUUUCUGUCCUCAUCUUAAGCAUUACUGCCAACAAAAUCGGUUUGUCUGAGACCGACGGUGACGCCCAUGAAACACCGCUGUUGGCCACCGGUAUCUCCGGUGUGUUUGCCGGCGGUAUGGCCGCCAUGUUUGACGUGAAAGAAUUGGCUGAUAUGAUGUCCAUUGGUACUUUAUUGGCGUAUACUUUAGUCGCUAUUUCUGUCCUCAUCUUAAGAUAUGGCUACACUGCCAGCAAAAUCGGUUUGUCUGACACCGACGGUGACGCCCACGAAGUGACUCCACUUAAAGAUAGUGUCGAUAAUGAAUAUACAUGUAAAGGCGAUGAAUUGCAUGCCUAUCCCUCCUCUCCUGCUUCUGAUAACUCAAUGAACACCAAUCACUUUGUCGGCAGUUCCAGCGAUUCCAACGAUAAUCGAGUUUACAGUUAUAGAGAUGUUUUGCGCCAAUGUUUUAAU